AAGUUGAAUACGUUGGUGCAGAAACUUCAUGACUUCCUGGCUCACUCAUCGGAAGAAUCUGAGGACGCAAACUCUCCUCCAGCAUUAUCGAAAAACAAAACCACAGGUAAGAAGAUGUUUUAUGGUUCUAUUUGCAAUGUACCUUCAAUGGAGAACAGUAGAGAAGAGGGCAAUAGUUCUUCAGAAAGAACCAAAUCCACAGGAUCAUCGCGUUCAAAAAGGAAACCUACAGUUGUAACAAAAUACGUUGGAUCAGACGAGGAACAAAUCUUAGAUGAAACCGUAAACGAAGAUAUUUCAAAUGAAAACUCCGAAAACGAUGUUGAUAUGCAAAGCUUACCUAAAGGUACAGUGGUUGUACAGCCUGAGCCAGUGCUGAAUGAAGACAAAGAUGAUUUUAAAGGGCCUGAAUUUAGAAGCAGAAAUACCGUUAAAAUGAAACCUGAAGCUCCCAAAAAGCGUGGAGAGGAAGGACUACAUGGAAUUGUAAGCUGUACAGCUUGUGGGCAACAGGUGAACCACUUUCAAAAGGAUUCAAUCUAUAGACAUCCUACACUGAAAGUUCUUAUUUGUAAGACUUGCUACAAGUAUUACAUGAGUGAUGACAUUAGCCGUGAUUCAGAUGGGAUGGACGAACAGUGUAGGUGGUGUGCUGAAGGUGGAAAUUUGAUUUGCUGUGACUUUUGCCAUAACGCCUUCUGUAAAAAGUGCAUUUUGCGCAACCUGGGUCGAAAGGAGCUAUCGACUAUACUGGAUGAAAAUAACCAGUGGCACUGCUAUAUUUGCCAUCCAGAGCCUUUGUUGGACUUAGUCACUGCAUGUGACAGCGUCUUUGAAAACUUAGAACAAUUGCUGCAACAAAACAAAAAGAAGAUCAGAGUUGAAAGCGAAAAAAGUAAAAUAUAUGACCAUACAGUCAAGUUUUCUCCAAAGAGAAAUAGUUCAAACUGUAAUGGCGAAGAAAAAAAACUAGAUGAUUCAUAUUCAGGUUCAAUAACAUAUUCUUAUAAAGCACUAAUGGUGCCAAAAGACUUGCUUAAGAAAACAAAAAAGCUGGUUGAAACUACAGCAAAUUUGAAUUCUAGAUUUGUAAGCUUUUUGAAAAAUGCAUCAGAAAAUGUAGAAAUAAGCCCAGCCGUGCAACUUUGUCAGCUAAAAGCUUUUAAAUCGGUCUUGAGUGACAUGAAAAAAACUCAUCAGGCACUAGAAGAAGGUCUGAACCUGGAAUUUCAAGCUUUGAAUGUUAAAAUCAAAGAUAAAAAUACCAAAGAGAAAAAACCUGAUAUCAGAUCAGAAAAAAAUGAGGAGACGAAAGACGAAGGAAAGGAAAACACGUCGUUGAAAGAGGAGAACACCGUAAAGACACCGAAGAAAGUUGCAUCAGAACAGCCUGAUGGCGAGCCCAUGGAUCAAAGUGUGCCGGCAGCGGAACAAGGGGACACCAAGCGUGCUUCUGGGGAAGACAAAAAGUCUGGUAGAAAUGAAGAACCUCAGUAUGAGCCUAAUAGUACAGAGGCUUUAGACAUGGAUAUCGUGUCCAUUCCCUCAUCUGUUCCUGAAGAUAUUUUUGAGACUCUCGAAUCUGCUAUGGAAAUUCAGGCUGCGUCAGACGAGCAAGAUGGUGGAAAUACAGGGACAGAGCACGAGACUCCAAAUUCAAAUGCAAAAUCCAACGCUCCUGGGAGAGAUACCAAAGGUGGCACCAAGUUAAAGUCGUCGGCGAAAGGCACAAAAGAAUUGGUUGUAAAAUUGACUCCUGUUUCUCUUUCAGAGCCCACAGUUAAAGCUGAAGAUCCAGACAGCAGUGUAGCAAAAGGAAGUAAGGAUGAGGGUGUAACACCUAAAGCAGAAAACUGUGAUUCUGCAAAACAAAAUCAUAAUUCUGCCAGUGAACCUUCCACAGAGAACGAGACUGUUUCUCCUGUGGAGGAAUCUGAUCUCAGGAGGUCGCCACGUGUGAAGACCACACCUCUGCGGCGCCCGACAGACAUCAGCCCUUUAACAUCCAAUUCGGAAGAAGAGAGCAAUGACACGUGUAGUGAAAAACGGAAGAGAAAACCGUCAAAACUACCAAGGAGGAAAAAUGAUAAAAGAAAUUCUUCUGACAGUACCGUUGAUGGUCCUAGCCCUAAUAAACUUUCUAAAUCAAAAAAGCCAUAUCUGUUAGAUAAUAGCUCCGAUUCUGAUGAGAUGCCGGCCGUUCUUAAAGAAGUAGCUAUGAUGAGUCACAGUUCUUCAGAUAUUGAUAGCAAUAGCGAAGCCCCAACGAACGAUCAGAAGACUUCAAAGUUUCACAAGAAUCAGCCAGUAAAGGAUGAAAACGGAAAACGGAAACGGAAGAGUUCCAGUUCUGGUUCCGAUUUAGACGCUAAAAGAGGCAAAUCAGCCAAAAGUUCCACUGCCGCUAAAAAGAAACGACAAAACUAUUCCGAUUCUUCCAACUACGAUUCUGAGCUAGAAAAAGAAAUAAAAAUUUUGAGUAAGAUUGAGUCUGCAAAAAAAGCUAAGACGAAAUACUCACGGAAAGAAGAUAGUUACGAUUCCUCUGAAGAAGAGCAGAGGAAAAAAGCGAGUAGUAAGAGAAAGAGAAAUUUGAGGAAACAGAGGGAGAAAUCUUCGGAAGGUGAUGAAGCUGAAAAGUCUUCUGCAGAGAAGGAGGUUAAUGAUUCUUCUAAAGAUAAAAAAAAUGAGAAGGGGGCAGCUGCUAAGGAAAAGAUAAACAGAGAAUCAAAAGAAAAAACUGUGAAGGGAAAGCAGGAGGAGUCUUCUGAUGUUGAGAAGGCUUUACCGGAGAAAGAGGAGAGUGCUCCUAAAGAUGUGAGGCCGACUGAAGUUAAGAGGAGCAAGGAUUUGAAAAAGAAAAAGGCACAGGAAGAUUCUUCUUCAGAGAGCACUGAAAAAUCUGCAAAGAAGGACAAAGCGAAGAAAUCUGAAAAAUCGAAAAGGAAAAGCUACAAGAAGGAGCAAGAUGAUUCCUCUUCUGACGUCGAGAAGUCCUCUCCAGAGAAAGGAAGUUGCAAUUCGUCCGAGAAUGACAAAACGAAGAAAGAACCGGUGCUUAAAGAAAAGGAAAGGAGGAGUUUGAGAGAGAGAGUGUCUAAAAGAGUACAACUUGAUUUAUCCUCAGAUGCUGAGAAAUCUCCCCUAAAAGAGGAGAGCUCUUCGGAAGACGCUGUGCCACAUAAAAAAAAACCUGACGCUAAAGAAAAGAAAAAACUAAGUCUCAAAAAGAAGAUUUCCAAGAAGGAACAGAAUGACUCAUUGUCGUCUUCUGAUGAGGAGUCCUAUGAGGACAGCAAGAAAAAGGUGAAAAGAGGGACAGUGAAAGACGGUAAAAAGAGUAACUUACAGAAAGCGUCAAAAAAGGUGGUUGUCACUUCCUCUUCCUCAUCUGAUAAGGAAGAAAACGAUGAACAGAACUCGACGGGUGAUGGAAGCAGCGAUGAGCAGAAAAUUAAGCCAGUGACUGAAAACUUAAUGCUGUCAGCUGGCACAGGAUUUUGUCAGUCAUCAGGUGGAGAGACUAAAUCAAGGACUGUUCCAAUGGAGGAGGAGGAAGAUGAUGAUGAUGACGAUCCUGAGAAUAGAAUUGCCAAGAAAAUGCUUUUAGAAGAAAUCAAAGCCAAUCUUUCCUCUGAUGAGGAUGCAUCUUCAGAUGAAGAAUCGGAUGAAAGAAAAAAGAAAACUGGAAAGCAAAAUGAAAACGCGGGAGAUGAUGAGAAUGAAAAAGAAGAUAAUUCUGAAUCUGAUUCAGAGGAAGAGGAAUCCAAGAAGCCUAGAUACAGACACAGGCUGCUGAGGCACAAGCUGACAGUGAGUGACGGAGAAUCUGCUGAAGAAAAAAAGGUGAAACCGAAAGACAAAAAAGAAGGGAAGCGCAGAAAUAGAAGGAAAGUGAGCAGUGACGAUUCAAAUGACUCCGAGUUUCAUGAAUCUGCAGUGAGUGAGGAAGUCAGCGAGUCUGAAGAUGACCAGCGUCCAAGAACAAGAUCUGCCAAGAAAGCUGAGGCGGAAGAAAACCAGCGCAGUUACAAACAGAAAAAGAAACGAAGGCGUAUAAAGGUUCAAGAGGAUUCUUCCAGUGAAAACAACAAUAAGAGUAAUUCUGAGGAUGAGGACAAUGAUGACUCAAAAUCUCCUGGAAAAGGCAGGAAGAAAAUAAGGAAAAUAAUUAAAGAUGAUAAGCUUAGAACAGAAACACAGAAUGCACUUAAAGAAGAAGAGGAAAGAAGAAAACGUAUAGCAGAAAGAGAACGGGAGAGGGACAAAUUGAGAGAGGUGAUAGAGAUAGAAGAUGCUUCACCUCUGAAAUGUCCCAUUACAACUAAGCUGGUUUUAGAUGAAGAUGAAGAAACCAAAGAACCGUUAGUGCAGGUUCACAGGAGUAUAGUUACCCGACUGAAACCACACCAAGUAGAUGGUGUUCAGUUCAUGUGGGAUUGCUGUUGUGAAUCCGUAAAAAAAACAAAGUCAUCUCCUGGCUCUGGAUGCAUUCUUGCUCACUGUAUGGGUCUGGGGAAAACGUUACAGGUAGUAAGUUUUCUUCACACAGUCUUGCUCUGUGACAAGCUGGAUUUUCGGACAGCUCUGGUAGUGUGUCCACUGAACACGGCCUUGAACUGGUUGAAUGAGUUUGAAAAAUGGCAAGAAGGUCUAGAUGACGAUGAAAAACUAGAGGUCUGUGAACUAGCAACUGUGAAACGCCCUCAAGAGAGAAGCUAUAUGCUCCAGCGCUGGCAAGAUGAUGGAGGUGUGAUGAUAAUAGGCUACGAGAUGUAUCGUAAUCUUGCACAGGGCAGGAAUGUGAAGAGUAGAAAACUUAAAGAAAUAUUUAAUAAAGCUUUAGUUGAUCCAGGCCCCGACUUUGUUGUUUGUGAUGAAGGGCACAUACUAAAAAAUGAAGCAUCUGCUGUUUCUAAGGCAAUGAAUUCUAUUCGAUCGAGGAGAAGAAUAAUUCUUACAGGAACGCCGCUGCAGAACAAUCUUAUAGAAUAUCACUGCAUGGUUAACUUUAUUAAGGAGAAUUUGCUGGGUUCGAUUAAGGAAUUCCGAAAUCGAUUCAUAAACCCAAUUCAGAACGGUCAGUGCGCAGACUCCACGCUGGUAGAUGUCAGAGUAAUGAAGAAGCGCGCACAUAUUCUCUACGAGAUGUUAGCUGGGUGCGUUCAGAGGAAAGAUUACACUGCAUUAACGAAAUUCCUCCCGCCAAAAUACGAGUACGUUCUGGAAGUUCGAAUGACGCCGAUUCAGUGCAAACUCUACCAGUACUACCUGGAUCAUUUGACAGGUGUAGGUGGUGGCAACGAAGGUGGAAGAGGCAAAGCCGGAGCUAAACUAUUCCAGGAUUUCCAGAUGUUGAGCCGAAUCUGGACUCACCCUUGGUGUUUGCAGCUGGACUAUAUUAGCAAAGAAAAUAAGGGCUAUUUCGAUGAAGACAGUAUGGAUGACUUCAUAGCUUCAGAUUCCGAUGAAACUUCAAUGAGCUUAAGUUCUGAUGAUUAUGCAAAGAAAAAAAAAUCUAAGGGGAAAAAGGUGAAGAAAGAGUGCAGUUCAAGCGGAAGUGGCAGCGAUAACGAUGUUGAAGUCAUUAAAGUCUGGAAUUCUAGAUCUCGUGGAGGUGGAGAAGGAAAUGCAGACGACCUUGGCAACAACCCUCCAUCUGUUACGAAGUCCGAUGAAGGCAAAGCGACAUCCUCUUCCAAUCCUGGUAGCCCAGCGCCAGACUGGUACAAAGAUUUUGUCACAGAUGCAGACGCUGAAGUGUUGGAACAUUCUGGGAAGAUGGUGCUUCUCUUUGAAAUUCUUCGAAUGGCGGAGGAGCUUGGAGACAAAGUCCUAGUGUUCAGCCAGUCUCUGAUAUCUCUGGAUUUGAUAGAAGAUUUUCUGGAGCUGGCCAACAGGGAGAAAACUGACAAAGACAAAUCUUCUAUUUAUAAAGGUGAAGGGAAAUGGUUCAGAAACAUUGAUUACUAUCGCUUAGAUGGUUCAACUACAGCUCAGUCGAGAAAGAAAUGGGCUGAAGAAUUUAAUGACGAAACUAAUGUGAGAGGUCGCUUGUUUAUUAUAUCCACUAAGGCCGGGUCCCUCGGAAUUAAUCUCGUGGCUGCUAACAGAGUAAUCAUCUUUGAUGCUUCUUGGAACCCGUCGUACGACAUCCAGAGUAUUUUCAGGGUUUACCGCUUUGGGCAGAACAAACCUGUGUUUGUGUACAGGUUUUUAGCUCAGGGAACGAUGGAAGAUAAGAUCUACGAUCGGCAGGUAACGAAGCAGUCACUGUCUUUCCGGGUUGUCGACCAACAGCAAGUUGAACGUCAUUUUACCAUGAAUGAGCUCACGGAGCUCUACACUUUCGAGCCAGAUUUGCUGGAUGAUCCUAAUUCAGAAAAGAAAAAGAAGAGAGAUACGCCGAUGUUGCCAAAAGAUACGAUUCUGGCAGAAUUGCUUCAGAUCAAUAAAGAGUAUAUCGUUGGGUAUCAUGAACACGAUUCCCUCCUGGACCACAAGGAGGAAGAGGAGCUCACUGAAGAGGAAAGGAAGGCAGCCUGGGCAGAAUACGAAGCAGAAAAGAAGGGCUUGACGAUGCGUUUCAACAUGCCGACUGGGACCAAUAUGCUUCCCACCAAUUUCAACUCUCAGACGCCGUAUAUUCCUUUCAAUUUGGGAGCUCUCUCAGCGAUGAGUAAUCAGCAGCUGGAGGACCUUAUUAAUCAAGGAAGAGAGAAAGUUGUGGAAGCAACCAACAGUGUAACUGCAGCAAGAAUUCAGCCCCUUGAAGACAUCAUUUCAACCAUAUGGAAAGAAAACGUGACCCUCACGGAGAGCCAAGUGCAGGCCCUGGCGCUGAGCAGGCAGGCGAGCCAGGAGCUUGACGUCAAGCGCCGAGAAGCCAUCUACAACGACGUCCUCACUAAACAACAGAUGUUGAUCAGUUGCGUUCAGCGGAUCCUGAUGAACCGGCGGCUCCAGCAGCAGUACAACCAGCAGCAGCAGCAGCAGAUGUCGUACCAGCAAGCGGCGAUGAGUCACCUCAUGAUGCCAAAGCCUCCCAAUUUAAUCAUGAAUCCUUCCAACUACCAACAGAUAGAUAUGAGAGGAAUGUAUCAGUCCGUGUCGGGCGGGAUGCAGCCGCCACCCUUACAACGAGCGCCACCCCCAAUGAGAGGCAAAAAUCCAGGCCCUUCCCAAGGGAAAUCGAUGUGAUUUUGCACUAAAAGCCUAAAGGAUUGUUAAAAUCAGAGAAAGAACUUUUUAUUUUUUUAGGAAUCAAUGGCUUAACAGAACUCAACUGUAAAAA